GGAGAUCAAAAACAGUCAGGAACAGCCAUUGAGAAGCUGUGCACCAUGACUGAGUCUGUGCUGAGCACCCCCAGGUCCCUGGGCAGCAUCUCUGGGCUCCUGCAAGUGGUCUCCCUGCUGAGCCUGGUUCUUCUACUGCUUAAGGCAGCCCAGCUCUACCUGAAGAGACAGAGGCUGCUCAAAGCUGCCCAGCAGUUCCCAUCCCCUCCCUCCCACUGGUUCUAUGGACACUCCAGGGAGUUUAAAAAGGAGCAGGAGUUGCAACUGACAUUGAAAUGGGUAAAGAAAUUCCCGUGUGCCUGUCCUCGUUGGUUGUGGGGGACAAAUGUCAUAUUCUUGCUCUAUGACCCCGACUACAUGAAGGUGAUUCUGGGGAGAUCAGAUCCCAAAGCUGAUGAAGCCUAUAAAUUCCUUGCCCCCUGGAUUGGGUAUGGUUUGCUCCUGCUGAAUGGACAACCCUGGUUUGAACACAGGCGGAUGCUGACCCCAGCCUUCCACUAUGACAUCCUGAAGCCCUACGUGGGGACCAUGGCUGACUCUGUGCAAAUGAUGCUGGACAAGUGGGAAGGACUCAUCAGCCAGAACCCUCAUCUGGAGAUCUUUGAACACAUCUCUUUGAUGACCUUGGACACCAUCAUGAAGUGUGCCUUCAGCUACCAGGGCAGUGUCCAGACAGACAGACACUCCAAAUUCUACAUCCAAGCCAUUGAAGAUCUUAAAAACCUGUUUUUCUCACGAGUGAGAAAUGUCUUCCACCAGAAUGACAUCAUCUACAGACUGGCCCCUGAAGGCUGCAGGAAUGUUCAUGUCUGCCAGCUGGCCCAUGAACACACAGACCGAGUGAUCCGGCUGAGGAAGGCUCAACUGCAGAAGGAGGGAGAGCUGGAGAAGGUCAGACAGAAGAGGCACCUGGAUUUCCUGGACAUCCUCCUCUUUUCCAGAAUGGAGAAUGGGAGUAGCUUGUCUGACAAGGACCUCCGUGCAGAGGUGGACACAUUCAUGUUUGAGGGUCAUGACACCACAGCUAGUGGCAUCUCGUGGAUCCUGUAUGCUCUGGCUUCCCACCCUGAGCAUCAGCAGAGGUGCCGGGAGGAGAUCCAGAGCCUCCUGGGGGAUGGUGCCUCCAUCACCUGGGACCACCUGGACCAGAUGCCCUACACCACCAUGUGCAUCAAGGAGGCACUGAGACUCUACCCUCCAAUACCAGGCAUUGGCAGGGAGCUAAGCAAGCCCAUCACCUUCCCUGAUGGAAGAUCCUUACCCAAAGGAGCCAUAGUGGUGCUCUUCCUUUAUGGUCUGCAUCAUAACCCAAAGGUGUGGCCGAAUCCAGAGGUUUUUGACCCUUUUCGGUUUGCACCUUACGCUACUCGACACAGUCAUGCUUUCCUACCCUUUUCAGCUGGGUCAAGGAACUGCAUUGGGAAGCAAUUUGCCAUGAAUGAGAUGAAGGUGGCUGUGGCCCUGACUCUGCUCCGCUUUGAGCUGGCGCCAGAUCCCUCCAGGGUCCCAGUUCCCAGCUCACAAAUUGUGUUGAAGUCACAGAAUGGCAUCUAUGUGUCUCUCAAGAAACUCCCAUAACUCUCAUGUGACAAGGGCAAAACUUAGUCCUCUUCCUUUAUUCUGUUUACCUGUCACCUAUUCAUGACCCCAUACUUCUUUGUCCACCUGCCAGUUUACUUAUUUUCCUGCCUUCUGUUGGUCAAAUCAUUUGAAUUCACACA